AGCUCGCAGAGCCAGCCAUGGGCAAGUCAGCUUCUAAACAGUUUAAUAAUGAGGUCCUGAAGGCCCACAAUGAGUACCAACAGAAGCACGGCGUCCCCCCGCUGAAGCUCUGCAAGGAGCUCAACCAGGAGGCUCAACAGUAUUCUGAGGCCCAGGCCAGCACAAGGAUCCUCAAGCACAGCCCAGAGUCCAGUCGUGGCCAGUGUGGGGAGAACCUUGCUUGGGCAUCCUACAAUCAGACAGGAAAGGAGGUGGCUGAUAGAUGGUACAGUGAAAUCAAGAACUUCCAGCAGCCAGGCUUCACCUCAGGGACUGGACACUUUACAGCCAUGGUAUGGAAGAAUACAAAGAAGAUGGGCGUGGGAAAGGCAUCUGCAAGUGAUGGGUCUUCCUUUGUGGUGGCCAGAUACUUCCCAGCAGGGAAUGUUGUCAACCAGGGCUUCUUUGAAGAAAAUGUCCUGCCUCCAAAGAAGUAACUUGUCAAAUGUAAUGGGAAGGCAU